CCUGACCAUAAUCGUAUUAUCGCAGAGUGUAGGCUCAACGAAAGGCAACUUCUGCGUCUUGUUUAUCAAUCGUUCGCGAAGUUUGGGCUUUUCGUCUAAGUUGUUCUGCGGCUUGGAACUUCGCGAAGUGGACGAUGGCUGCUUACAGACUCCGGCCUCUUCUCACCGCACUGCCCAACACGAGGAACUUGUCCCUCUAUAAAAGCAACAUCUCACUCAGCAACUUGUAUCCAAAAAGUUCUCUCAACUUUACGACCCCUGUGUCGAUACCUGAUAAUGGUUCUGCUUUCUCAGGAUUUAUACCUGUUGAUAAAGUUGAUAUUACGUACAGCAGGAGUUCGGGUCCUGGUGGUCAACAUGUAAACACGGUCAAUACAAAAGUGGACGUUCGCUUUCAUGUCGAAUCCGCAGAGUGGCUCAGCGACGAUGUCAAGAAAAGGAUAUUGGAAAAUCUAAAAAAUAAGAUUAACAAAGAUGGUUACCUCGUAGUACGUUCGGACAAAACUAGAUCUCAAAUUUACAACCAAGCGGAUGCCAUGAUGAUUUUACGAAGGUUGAUUCACUCCGCCUUGGUCACAAAGCCAGCCAUCACACAAGAAACUCUCGAAGUGCUGAGAAAACGUAAAGAGAAAGCGAACCAAGAAAGGUUGAUGAAAAAAAGAAUGCAUUCACUUAAGAAAAAGGAUAGACAGGAUAAUUUUUAAUCUACUUAUGGUUUUUUUGUAAAUAAUAAAAAUUACUAGUUGAGUUCUA